AUGGACUGUGUUCAAUCCGUGUAUUUCUCUGUUGUUGUCAAUGGCCAGCCGGGUAAAACUUUCAACCCUUCCAGAGGGAUUCGUAAGGGUGACCUUUUGUCAUCGUACCUCUUCCUUUUUGUAAGUGAAGCUCUAUCUCAUAUGAUUCAAAAGGCUGUUGAUACUAACUACUUGCAAGGGCUCAAAAUCAGUAAACAGGGAUCAACUACUCUCUCUCACAUAUUAUUCGCUGAUGACUUCUUAUUCUUCCUCAAAGCCACAUAUAUUAACAGCCACAAUAUGAUGCACCUCUUAAAUUCCUAUUGCACAGCCUUUGGUCAGACCAUAAGCAUGGCAAAAUCCAGCAUUUUUUUCUGCCAAAAUACUCCUUUGGUGCUGAGAAGGAGCAUAUGCUCUAUAUUUGGCAUAAGAGCAGUUGAGGAUCUAGGGAAAUAUUUGGGGCUGCCAACAUCUUGGGGCAGUGUAAAAGGGGAGACAGUGUCGUACAUCAAAGAUCACAUUCACCAAAAACUGCAAGGUUGGAAGCAGAGUGUUUUAUCGCAGGCGAGGCUUGAGAUUAUGAUUAAAGCUGUGGCACUUGCCAUCCCAACAUAUCCCAUAAAUGUCUUCAAGUUACCCACCUCUUUAUGUAGAGAAAUUGAUGCCUUGCUUGCCAAGUUUUGGUGGGGCCAGAAGGAAGAUGAAACAAAAGUUCAUUGGGUUAGUUGGAAAUCUCUGGGCAUAUAA